AUGCCCCUCACCAUCCUCAUCGUCGGCGCAGGCAUAGGCGGCUUCACCGCGGCCGUUGCCCUCCGCCAAGCAGGCCACCAAGUCACUGUCCUCGAGAAACAUGAAAACAAACGCGAAGUCGGAUUCGCAGUCUCCCUACCUCCCAAUUCUACCCGCGUCCUGCGAUCUCUCGGACUGGAUUUCAAGAAAGUCCGGGCGUCCAAAUUCGGCGGUAUUGCGUUCGCCAAAGCCGAAAGGUCCGAGUAUGAGAUCCUCGCGCAAUUACAAGACGACGCAGAAGAUCAAUAUGGGGCUCCAAGUCUGGCAGCUCAUCGCGUGGAUCUACAUAAUGCUUUGCGGGAGUUGGCGACGGGGCCAGGGGCGGGCACACCGGUAAACGUCCUCGAGGGCAUCACAGUCACGGCCUACUCCCCCUCCGCCGGAUCCGUGACAUUGGAAGACGGCCGCACCAUGACAGCAGACGUCAUCGUCGCCGCCGACGGCGUCAAGUCCACCGCGCACAAACACAUCAUCGGCGAAGAACGACCCACGACACUAUCCAGACUGAGCAACGUGCGCUUCUGCGUCCCGACGGAAACGAUGCUCCAGAACCCGCUGUUGAAAAAGACCCUGCCCAACGGCAGCGACUAUCCCACCCUCUACCGCGGCACGGAUCCAGACGUCAUGUUACUCCGCUAUCCCUGUCGCGACCACACCCUCCAAAACUUCGGCUGCUACGCCCUCACGCACUCCCCCUCCCCCACCACCGCCGCAGCCCACUGGACCACCGAACCCACCCUCUCAAUCCUCCUGCACCGCCUCUCAGGCUUCGACCCCACCAUCCGCGAGAUCGCCCACCUAGCCGACCCGACCGACAUGUAUCUCUGGAAAGUCCUGGACCGCGACCCUUUGCCCGCCUAUCACAGGGGACGUAUGAUCCUCCUCGGCGACGCCGCACAUGCGAUGCAGCCGACAUUUGGCAUGGGUGCCACGUUUGCGGUCGAGGAUGCCGGGGUGUUGGGGGUUGUGCUUCGCGACGUCCAUGAUAGAGCUUAG